AUGGUGAAACUCAUUUUACAUCUCGCCAUGAAACUAAUUUGUGUAAAUCAAAAUGAACAAGUUCAUGUAACUACUAGUACACCUCGUUGUGUCGCUGACUGGACCCAUACACAGGAGCAAAUGCUUUACGCAAUCUAUCUCCUGGUGAUUCUAUUGAUUCUUUCAGUGAUCUGGACAGUCGCUUCGCGCCGCCAGCGCAAGUCACUGCGUAAGGGCGAGCUCGGUUUCUCGCUUAAAUGCCGCCGGUGGGCACGCACGUCGCGUGUAGCUGCUAUUAUUAAUCGACCCGUUCAGUUGCUCGUGUCAUGUGCCAUCCUGGGUCUCACCAUGUCCAGGCUCGACUCGUACGGUGUCACUGAGUGGUCUUACUACACAGUGUUAGGGCUUUACGCGAUCGCCUUUGUGGACGACGUGGUGCGCUUCCUUGCGUCUCGGUACAAAAUUCUCUUUUGUUUCUCACCCGUCACGCUUCUGGAACUACUCUGUCAAGCGUCGAAUUUUGGCGUGGGCUUUGGCUCUGUCAAGAUCAUUCGAGGCGUGCAGACACGUGCGUACUUGGACUUUUCGGUCAUGCGCUCAGUCUUCAUUUUGAGGAGCUACUUGGAGAUGGAAAAACACGUGCCUAGAUCGACAAAAGGCUGGAUGAUGGUUCGACUUGGCAUCAAGAUAUUGCUGAUGAUCAUGGUCGGUGCGUCGAUUAUGUUCUUCUUGGAGACCCUUGGAGAACUGCCACUUUUCACGGACAAUGGGUUUGCCCAUUUGUAUAGCUGUAGUGAUGGGUCAGUCACUAGACGCAAGUCUUUGGAGUGCUCAGAUUCUACGUGGUCCGUCAUGUUUGCAUUUUAUUUUACUGUUGUGACACUUGGUACGGUCGGCUAUGGUGACAACGCACCUCAAACAGUUCCCAGCCGUCUUUUGGCCAUCAUGUUUAUCGUCAUCGGUAUCAUUUUGUUUUCAAUGGAGAUCGAAAAUCUCAUCAGCUUGUACAAGCUGCGUCAAAUUGGCAACCCUCCGUAUGCCCCCAAGCCUGACUCCAAGCAUGUGCUCAUAAUCGGCAACCCAUCAUUUGCCCAACUCUCUGCCAUUCUCCGCGAGCUAUUCCAUGCUGAUCACUUAAGUGGUGCUGACACGCAACAGCUCCAAGCUGUUGUGCUUGGAAAUCAGAAUGCUAAAUUCACGAAUUUACUUAUCGCAAAGCUAAAAGCUGACCCCAUUUUCGUAUCACGCGUAACAUAUGUUGCUGGCGAUGCUACUCGUUCUGAAGAUCUAGAGCGGUCCCUUGCUCGUGAUGCCAAAGCGGUGUUUGUGUUUCCAGACAAGCUGACUGGCAACGCCAUGACGGAAGAUGCAAUGAAUAUAAUGCGUGUGCUCGCAACUAAGCGCUACGUUGGAAUGUCUGUGCGCAUUUUAGUGAUGGUGCUCCGUGCUGAGAGUGCUCGACACAUGGUAGCUGCUGGUGUACACCCGGACGAUAUCAUUUGCGAGAAUGUUAUUAAAAUGGGCUCGUUAGCUCAAAACACUGUCUCGAACGGUAUUUCGACAAUGCUGUCGAACUUGGCUGCAAGCCUCUCUGUUGUCACGAGUGAAGACACAAAUGAGACUUCACCUUCUCUGACAACUGGUGUCGUCGAAAAUGAAUUGAUCGAGCGCAGUUGGAUCAAAGAGUACUACGCCGGUGCAGCAAAGGAGAUGUACCUUAUCCAUUUGUCCAAGAGGUACGCUGGACUAACCUUUUCCCAAGCGGCAUUACGAAUUUUUCAAGAAACGUCGGGCACUGUACUGCUUAUCGGCGUGGAAGUUAUGUUAUCGGAUGAAGAGGAUUCUUUUUGCAACGGCUACGAAUCCCGCGUGUUGUUGAAUCCUGGCGGCAGUUUGCUUUUGUCCGAGUGGACUAAGUGUUAUUGUAUUGCUGACGACCUUGAUCACGUCGUUAGCUUCAAAAUUUGCUCCGAGGAGGUCGGUUUGGAAGAGACACGGCAGUCGCGCAACAUUUCAACGUUCAUGAACCCAAUUGGAGACGCGUCUCAGCCCAUACUUUCUUCUGUUAGUGAAGACGAAUUUUCAUGUGAUGAGCUAAGAAGUCUCACUGCGUACACAGCGUACAAAACCCCAAAUUACAAGCCUAUGAAGCACCACAAGCCACAGAUCUUAUCGUCGCGUACUGGAUUGCUUGUACUGGACCGCUCGCUCGAGACUAUUGCGCUGCGAUUCAAGAAUUCCAGCCAAACGAUAACGAGCGUGCACCAUCACUCGCAGUCCUCUUACACCCUAAACACAUCACGCCCAUACGCCAGCAGUCAUCCCCCGAUCACAAUAUUGGAUACUGCGGAGCCAUCAGAUAUUUUGAUGCAAACUUUGUCCGCCUUCAAAAAUGUGUAUUACGUGCGUGGAAGUCCUCUCGUGUAUUCAGACUUGCAACGUGCUGGUGCAAAGGCAGCAGCUGCAGUUGUGGUGCUUGGAAAACGGGCAAAAAAGAGCAGUACAUCCGAAUUCGCCAUCGACUCUGAGCUGGAAUCCAGCAUUGCCGAUACGGAGGCAAUAUUUGCGACGAUGUUGGUGGAACUAAAAAUGGAUUAUUCAAAGAUUUUUACUGUAACCGAGCUUGUCGACGAAGCCAACUCAAAGUUUAUCGGCAUGUCAUAUCAGCUCGAUAAGCUAAAACCUGCGAUGUCAACCAUUGACAGCCCAAGUAGAAGUAUUGCAGCGGAUGCUUCGGGUAUGAAAAUAUUGAAGUUGUGGAACAACAUUCUACAGCAUGACGCUUCGGUGCAAAAGUCUGAAAACACGAUCUUUGGUCUCCCUUUAUACAUGUCGGGUCGCAUACUACACCCAGAGCUAUGCGAAAACAUGGUUGUACAGACGUACUUUAAUCCAUCAAUCCACAAGAUUGUUCGUCAAUUAGUAGGAGGCCCUCGUUGUACAGGCCUGGUUCAUAGUUUCUCAGUUCCUCGUCUGCUUCGAAAGGAAUGCACCUACUCAGAUGUCUUUCAAUGGUUUGCUGCAUCAUCGUACUCUGGUAUUUGUAUGGCUAUUUAUCGUAUGUCGACUCAAACAACUAGAUCGUCGAGCCAUGUUAAACUGCCCAUUGUUAUUACGACCCCAAAAGCCGAUCUCAAGAUCCUCAACAGCGAUCGGCUCUUUGUAUUGAUCGGAGUGCACACGCUCGAGCGUGCAGCGACGAAGAUCCAACAGCGAUACCAAAGGUACAAAAGGAUUUGGAUCUCGUGUAGGUCAGGCACGCCAACAACGGUUUAA